GUCCAGUGAACUAUACUGUCCUCUCAAGCUCUUUCGUGUUCAGUCAAGAAGGACUUGUCACGCCACUUCUUACGCAACAGCCCUAAAGAAGGAGCUCAAACGUUUUUUGUUUUGUUGGUAAAUUGCCUUUACAUUUCAUACAGGCUACAUUUGAAUCUGUCAUCGGGGGAAUCAUCACAUCAAUGGGUCAUCGGGGAAUCAUCACAUCAAUGGGGUUAAAGAAGAUAAACACUGAGUUUCUUCGCUGUGAGAGGGAAAAAGAAGAUGCUGUGGAAUUCCUCGGCCAAAUGGAAAAGAUUGUGUCGAAAUAUCGCCACAAGAAGAUACCUCUUGCAAAGCCGAAAAGUUACGAGUUGAGAAUCGGGGGUCUGGAGGACACUGUUCACGCUGGAGAUGGUGAACAGUUAGAAGUUUGGAAAGACUGCUACCUUCCAGAGAGAAUGGAGAUGGUGGUCAUUGGUGCCCUGGAUGACUUCCGCUGUUCGGCAGCAGGAUGGCAGCUGGUUCUCCUGUUAUGUGAAGAUGGCAAUGUCUACGCCUACGAGUUUGAAGUUCUACACCUUGUUGCCAGAAGCUUGGAGGAUCUCUUUAAAUCUGGAGCAGAGUUCCCAGGACUGGAGAAACACAGAUUUGGAGAAUACUUUGAGGAAUUGACUGAGGAAGAGAUGAAGAAAGAGAUGCAAUGUGAUGAAAUAAAGAAAAUCAAUGACGAGCAUAUUCAGUUCCGAAGAAGUUUGGAGAUUGAGAUGCUGAGGGAUCUCAAAGCAAUCAGUCAAUCUGAGCCAAACAUUCAAACCCAACAAAGUAAUGAGCCAAGUCGGACCGAAUAUUCAAGGCCUUCAAAGGAAGCACUAAAAAGGAAGCACUACGAAUUCAAUGGCUCAGACACAAGCGGAUUACAAUCCUCACAAGAGGAUUACAAAAAGAAAACCAGCCCCGUCGCGGACCAGGAUUCCUUGCUCCCAGACAGACUAAAUAACAUCUUUGCUCGCUUUGAGGACAAUACAGUGCCACUGACACGGCCCACUACCAAAACCUGG